AGGUAGAGAGAGGAUCCCGGGCUGACCGGAGGAACGCCUCCUCUCUGUCCGCCCUGUGUCACCUCAAGAGGAAUAUUCUGUGAGUGUCAUGUCAGCGGACUGGAACAGCACCUUCAACACAACCUGUGUCUGUCACCGUUUUUAAGUCCGCCACAAAAAACAACCCCCAAAAACCGCAUAUACUCGGGGCGACAGCGGACCAAUCACACCAACGAGCAGCAGCUCCUCCAGCUCAGAUGAUGGAGCUGCGCCGGUGAAGACUCGGAGGGAACCGGACUCGGUCUGAAUUCCGCCAAAAUUACGACGGGAAUCAGGUACAGCUCCCUGUCUCCCGGCAACGGGGGAGACCACCGGGCGCUCGUGAUGUCUCGUGCCAAGGAGCGGCUGAAAGGCGGGAAGGAAACCAAGGACAGCGUUACUCUGCUACCGUGCUUUUAUUUUGUAGAGCUCCCUAUCCUGGCCUCCUCUGUUGUCAGUCUUUACUUUUUGGAGCUGACGGAUAUUUUCCAACCGGUGCAUUCUGGGUACAGCUGUAAUGACCGCAGUCUGUCUCUGCCCUACAUCCUGCCCAGACAGGAAGUCUGCCCACUGCCUCUGCUCUUCAGUUUGGCCUUCGCUGCUCCCACCGCCACUAUCCUGAUAGGAGAGGCCAUUCUGUACUGCUAUCUGUCCAGGAGGUCGUCAGCCACACAGACUGAGGCCAAUAUCAACGCUGCAGGCUGUAAUUUCAACUCCUACAUUCGCAGAGCUGUACGCUUCAUAGGAGUCCAUAUCUUCGGCCUGUGUGUGACAGCACUGAUAACUGACAUUCUCCAGCUUUCCACUGGUCAACACACACCCUACUGGCUGGAUGUGUGCAAACCCAACUUGACCCACAUUAACAUGUCCACCUGUGACGAAGCCUUCAUUCUGGAGGAUAUCUGCUCUGGACAAGACAUUGGGCUCAUCAACGCUGGGAGGAAGUCGUUUCCUUCCCAGCAUGCAACUCUGGCUGCCUUUGCUGCUGUCUACAUCUCAAUGUACUUCAACACCGUACUGACAGACUCUGCCAAGUUGCUGAAGCCUCUCCUGGUCUUCUCUUUCGUCAUGCUGGCCAUCUUAGCUGGGUUAACCAGGAUCAUCCAGUUCAGAAACCACCCUGUCGAUGUCUACUGUGGAUGGUUACUGGGAUCUGCCAUUGCCGUUUAUCUGGGAGUGUACGCGGUGGGGAAUUUCCAGCCUAGUGAAGAUCGGUCUCGAAGUCAUCCAUCUCCCCCAAUCCUGAGAGAGCCCCCCCUCUCCUCCCUUCCCAAUGUCAGCCAAACAGCAGUCAGCAACAGCCACCAAGGCCACCAUACCCUGGCUCCCAGCCAACCAGAGCCAAUUAUCACAAGGACCUCUUCCCACAUGUUGUUGCCUGACCAAACAGGGCCCAUCCUGACGCGUAGUUCCUCCUAUCGAGAGCCAUCUCUGUCCAAUAUGAAGAGAGCAAGUGCUGAGGUGGAGGUGAUAAGUCCAUCCAGUCCUUUAGGCAACCGUGACAACAUGAUGACUUUCAGCAGCAGCACGCUGCCAAGGUCCCAUGGAGGCUCCUCACUGGAGGAGGGUCGCAUUCCUCGGCGUCACGCCUCCAUUCAUGCCUCAAUGGACUCAACUCGAUCCAAGCAGCUCCUCAGCCAGUGGAAGAAUAAGAAUGAUAACAGGAAGCUGUCCCUACAGGUAAUGGAUGGAAUAAGACCAGCCUCCUCCUCAUCUCCUCAGAGGAACAUGGAGCUGCGCUGCUCCUCUGAACCAUCUGCCAUGGGCCUGGAGGCAGAGCUCCGUGGUGGAACCCACCUGCCCUCCAUUAUGGGCCAGGAAGCGGAGCUGCGUGCUGGGGCCCACAUUCCCGCUCAAUACAUGAAGCUAGCUGCUAGCUCUGUUCCUAUGACCAAUCAUAAUCACAUGGCCCAUAAUGGCAGCACUGGAUUGGCUGGUGGGGCCAGAGUGUCAAUCCAAUCCCGACCUGGAUCCUCCCAGCUGGUUCAUAUUCCUGAGGAGGAGAAUCCCAACAGCAGGGAUCAGGAGAGUGAAUCAGAGGACAGCAUUAUGGAUGGUGGCGGGUCAGUGAGGGAAAAGUGGCUGAGAGUGGCUGAGAAGACCACCAUCCCCUGCAGGCCACUAAGUGCUGGAGGACAGCCUCGUCUAAUGCAGGUGAUAGCUUUAUCCAAACAGCAAGGUCUGCUUCACUCUCCUCGUUCAGAAGAUGGUGGAUCCAUCAGGUACCGAGCGCUGAUGGACCAGGACCCUUCACCACCCACCUCCACCACCGGAGCAGUGGGAGGAGGAGGUUUGGAAAGAAGUGGCAGUAUAGUCCGUGUUGAUGCCCACCCAGAGUCCAGAUCAAACAGACCCGUGGUAAAACCUCCUAGCACUGAUGGAAGUGGCUCCUGGCGAUGGAGACCUCCGGAUCAACGAGCGUCUCUCCGACAAUCAGCUUUCGCUCUCAAUGACCUCAACAUGCACACAGACAGCUGUGAUUCGCUGAGGGAUGGAGGGUCAGUGGAUGGAUGGAGGAGUGUCACAGGGACUGAAAGUGAGAGUGAAGGGGGAGGAGAUGGAAGCAUGGGAGGAAUGGGUGGAGGAGGUGCAUAUACAAACCACCCACAUAUUGUACACACUGUACAUCCCUUACAUCCAAAUAACCCCAACAAUUUCCAGCACCCAAAUUUUAAUACCAUCAACCCCAAUAACCCCAACUAUAACAAUGCUCACCCUAUUUUCAACCCCAAUUCUACCAGCGCCAAUAUGCCAUUCACUCCCACUGCCACCUUUGCCCCUCCUUUCCACCCCCACCCUCAGGCCAUCACUACCAUCAGGGUCACCCCAGUUGAAGGGACGGCGGCCAGCAGUGACGGUGGCUCAGACUGCCAGUCGGUUGCCUCAUCUAGCCGGGAAUCCACCCUGAGGAGGAAGAGUGGCUCCAACAUUGUCCACGUACCAGAUCGAGGCCCCACCCCUGACCUCCACAACAACCACCGCCUCUGUGAUGACAGUGACCGCCUUGACCAUGAGAGCAGCAACCGUUUCCACGAAAAUCUCAGAAGUUUUCAAGAAAACCCCAUCUACCCCAAUCACCCCAACUACGCCAACAGGCAGUUGCAGGCGAUGUAUGGCCGUCCCAGCCCUACCCCUCCCCCCACCUUACCCCGCCCCCUGCUUAGCCACACUCCGCCUCCUACACUGGGUUUGGCUUAUAAAGAAUGACACGCUCAGUGUUAACUUCAGCCAUCUGCACCAUGAUCAAAUAUUUAUCCUACUCCAGUAUGACAAAAAACUAGAGUGUAGGAAAUUCAGUUAAAUUUGUCCGUCAUCCAAGGUCAGUCUUUAGGGGAUGAUCACAAAGUCCAACCCACAAGCUUUCAUCUCGCCAAUGGUUUCCUUCCACCCUCCCAGCUGGUUUUGUACCCAACUGGGUAAAUGAUAUGCCUUGUUAGGAUAUGUAGUGUAGGCUUAUGCAGACCUCCACUUUGGGUCAUAAGCCAUAGAGAGUACAAACAUAAUUAGCCCUGCCCCAAUUUUCCAUCAGAAAGGACUUCAGUCAGGGGUGAGUUUGAUUCAGUAUUUUGUUUAUUUAUAUAUAUUUGUGGGGGGGGUUGGACUGCUGGAUAAGCCAGACAAAUGUUCUAAAUGUAUUGAUUAAGCGCACUUGCUUCCUGGAUGAUGGACUAAAUAAACUGUUGACCUUAUGACCCACUCAAAACUACAGAUUCCAGCCUCUGGCUCUCUGCCAGUGAGGUUGGAUUCAGCUCAAUGACUCUGCCCCCUUCUCCCCUGACUGCUAUGUCAGCUGUGAAUGGGACUACAUUUCUAUUACUAACAUUUAUACAAAUAUUAUCGGCUUUCAUCCUGUUGUCAAACACAGGUAACAUAUUGCUAUAUAAACUUUACAGUGUAAAAACAUGCCAUUAGAUGUAAAUUGCAUUCAAAGCCCAUAAUUGUGCUGUGUUUGUACAUAUAUGAAUGGGCGGCCACAGUGGACUAUAAACCCACAGUCUUGUUUGUGUCUGGGCUACAAGGAGUCCCUUCUGGGCAAUAACAGUAAUGGUAAUGGUGGUGUUGUGAUUGUGUUGGGUAAGAACAAUAUCAUGGGACCUACAGUACAUUUUGCUUAAAUAUAGUUUAACAAACGCUCUAUUUUUACAUGCUGUGUUAAUGUGUGUGCAGUACUUGAAUUAUCCUUUCUGUGUAGUAGCUGUACUGUACACUGCCAUGUGAGCCAUUUGUACAAACUCUGACCACACUUGGGUGGCUGUGGCCGAGGGGUAGAGUGGUCGUCCUCCAACCUGAAGGUCAGCAGUUCAAUCCCCAGUAUUCCCCAUCUGCAUGCCGAAGUGUCCUUGGGCAAGAUGCUAAACCCCCAAUUGCCCCUCAUAGAACAAAAAAG